AUGGAUCAGUUUCUUGACGCGUUUCCAUUUUGGUACAUGUUCUUCAAUGUUUUCGUUGUAGUUCUUAGCCUUGUGUUCUUGAAGCUCUUUCUGCAUUGCUGGAUAUUGCCCGUUCGAGCUCAGAAGAAGCUCGGAGAAAACGGAUUUUCCGGUCCACCUCCUAGCUUUCCAUUAGGCAACCUUAAUGACAUGAAUAAGCUAAAACCGGCCUUGGUAAUGGUGGAGAACAACAAAUCAUCCACCAAAAUCAAGCAUGACAUACAUUCCAUUGCCCUUCCACAUUUCGCUCUUUGGCAACAACAAUACGGGAAAGUGUUUGUGUACUGGCUAGGCAUAGAGCCAUUCGUGUACGUGGCGGAUCCUGAAUUCUUGAGUGUUAUGUCGAAAGGUGUAUUGGGGAAGAGUUGGGGGAAGCCAAAUGUUUUCAAGAAAGACAGAGAGCCAAUGUUUGGUACCGGUUUGGUUAUGGUCGAAGGAGAUGUCUGGACACGACAUCGCCACAUUAUCACUCCUGCAUUUUCCCAUGUCAAUCUGAAGGCUAUGAAAACUAUGAUGGUGGAAUCAACCACCAACAUGUUGGACCGAUGGGCCAUACAGAUAAACUCAGGCAACCCCGAAUUCGACAUGGAGAACGAGAUCAUAGGAACAGCCGGUGAGAUAAUUGCUAAGACAAGCUUCGGAGUCAAAGGAGAAAACGGAACUCAAGUCCUCAAAAACCUAAGGGCCAUGCAAUUUGCCCUUUUCAACUCGAAUCGCUACGUAGGGGUACCCUUUAGCAACAGUUUGGCCUUCAAGCAAACCCUUAAAGCAAGGGUGUUAGGUAAAGAGAUCGAUGAUCUUCUUUUGUCGAUCAUAAACGAACGAAAGAGAUCUUUGGUCGAAGGAGAGGACCACCACGAUCUUCUCGGAAUGUUGCUUAAGGCCGAUAAAGGAAAGUUUACAGCGACGGAGCUUGUAGACGAAUGCAAAACGUUCUUCUUCGCUGGCCACGAGACGACUGCUUUAGCGCUUACGUGGACGCUCAUGCUUCUUGCGAUCCAUCCCGAAUGGCAGGAAACGAUCAGAGACGAGAUCAGACAAGUCAUCGGAGAUUCUGAGAUUGAGUAUAACAAACUUGCCGGACUAAAGAAGAUGAGUUGGGUAAUGAACGAGGUUCUCCGGCUAUAUCCACCGGCGCCAAACGCACAACGGCAAGCCCGAAAAAACAUUGAAGUGAACGGCCGCCUAAUUCCAAACGGUACAAACAUUUGGAUCGAUGUGGUGGCGAUGCACCACGACCCCAAGUUGUGGGGAGACGACGUCAACGAGUUUAAACCGGAGAGAUUUGACGGUGAUUUGCACGGUGGUUGUAAGAAUAAGAUGGGGUUUAUGCCGUUUGGCUUUGGAGGGAGAAUGUGUAUUGGUCGGAACUUAACCACCAUGGAGUACAAGAUCGUCUUGUCGUUGGUUUUGUCCCGGUUUGAAAUAUCGGUUUCACCCGGUUAUCACCAUUCACCAAAGUAUAUGCUCUCUCUCAGACCGGGUUAUGGUUUGCCUCUAAUCGUACGACCACUUUAAAAACCGUUAACACACAAAUUUUAUAGACUUUGUUUUAUCAUAUACACAUGUGUGUAUUGUUAUUAAUGUUUCGAGUAUCGAAAUUUUCUUUUCUGCUGAAUUUAUG